CCCUGUGUGUUAAAACCCCCAGAACAGCAGAGACACUGAGAGAAAGCAUAACAGACAUAGAGACAGAACAAGGUGAGAAAUUAAACAGGAAAUAACUUUAGAUAAUAGAGAAAACAGAGAGUAGAAACUGGAUGUGAGAGUGAGAGAAAAGAGUGGGGAAGAGGGCGGGACAGAGAAGAGGGUAAAUAGUGUUAUAGGGGGAGAGGGAGCGGGGGGGGGUUGCAGUACGUGUCGGCUGAUGCUUCACCCUCCUGCUUUUUGAUGCGACACAGCCUCCAGCUCGAAGACAGAGGAUGCCAUGCACCUGGGGUUGAAUGUGCUCUCAAACAUCAACAGUUAAUUCGGCUGGACAAACACUCAAAGAAGCCUGAACUCCUCCGUGCCGUAAUGGACAGCGCGGGUGCUCAGAUCCACCCGUCACCAGACCACGAGCAGCUUUCCUGAUUCAAGCUUCCUGUUGUUUCACGCGUCAGCUCGUCUUGACAGUUGACAGUAAACAGCCACUGGCUUAAGAUGAACUUUACCAACAACAACUGUACAAGCAUUGAAGAUCACCAGGCGUACCGGCACUACGUGUAUGCGGUGGUGUACAGCGUGAUCCUAGCACCGGGGCUGCUGGGUAAUGUGCUCGCCAUCUGGAUGUUCAAGGUUUACAUCAGAGAAACCAAGAAGGCCGUGGUGUUCAUGAUGAACCUGGCUGUGGCCGACCUGCUGCAGGUGCUCUCUCUGCCUCUGCGGAUCUACUACUACCUGAACAACGUCUGGCCCUUCGGUCACGCUCUCUGCAUGUUCUGCUUCUAUCUGAAGUACGUCAACAUGUACGCCUCCAUCUACUUCUUGGUGUGUAUCAGCGUGCGUCGCUGUGAGCUCAUCAUGCGCCCGCUGAGGCACAACUCGCCCCGGCGUAAAGGGGACUUGAUUGUGUGUGCCCUCGGCUGGCUGUUUGUGUGCCUGUGCUGCCUGCCCUUCCCUCUGCUGAGGAACAACAUACCGGACCCCACUUCCACCCCAUUACCGCACCCGGUGUGUUUCUCAGAGCUGCCCAUGAAUAAGGUCAGUAUUCCAGCAGCCUGGGCCCUCCUGAUCAUAGCCGAGCUGUUUGGCUUCAUCAUCCCCCUUGUCCUGGUGUUAGCCUGCACCGGUCUGACUGCCGGUAGCCUUCGGGAGUCCACAGCGGGGGCAAUUCCUGACCGAGGGGAGAAGCGGAGGGCGUUGAGGAUGGUGCUAGGCUGCGCUGUGGUCUUCCUAGUGUGCUUUGCUCCUUACCACAUCACCAUGCCCCUGGACUUCCUGGUUAAAUCCGAUGCCUUGAGCAGCUGCACCCUCAAGAACCUGAUUCUGCUAUGUCACCCCGUCACACUGUGCCUGGCCAGCCUAAACUGCAGCCUGGACCCCCUCAUGUACUAUUUCACCACUGAUGAGUUCUGGAGGCGCCUGAGCAAGCAGGAGAUCCCAGAGAGCAUGACUUUCAGCAGGCGUCUGUCCAUGUGUACGGGAGGAGAGGAGGACUAGACUACCCUCAGACUCUCAGAGACCGACUGUUUGAUCUCAUCCAAUAAACCCUGAAAUAUACUAUACACUCCUUAAAACUAGGGGAAUAUAAUUGACAUGCUAACUAGCAUGUGAA